CACAGCGCUGAUGCCGUCGGCAUUCCGCCUCCAACUGGAGCACGACCUUUUCGCGCCACCGGAACCCCAGUCACCGGGCGACAAGCGCAAACUGUCCACCGUCCCGUGCAGCGAGUCCGCGCCGGUGACGUCGGCUGCGCAGUCGGAGGACGACCUGGCCUCCGUGGGCAGCCCUCCGUCCGAGAGCAUGAAUCCGGUCGGCUGGCCGGCGCCGGGGAAAAGGGAGAAGCACGCCUUGCAGCCGCCAAGUGACACCGCCUGUGCUGCGCCACCUAGAGUGUGGGACGGCAUGUACUUCCAACCGCCAUCGGCACCACCUUGCUCAAUGACCCCGACCACGUCCCUGACUGCGACGACGGCGUCGCAGCCGACAGCGGCAGUGAUUGCGGAGGCCGUUGUGGAUUGCUUCCAGAAGCCGCGGCAGUCGCUGUCGGGCGAGCCGUUCGUGCAACGCCAGCAAGAAGAGGAGCAGCAGCAGCAGCUGCUCCACAUGCUGCAGGCACCACUUGAAGAGUCCCAGGAGCAGCAGCAGGAGCUGCAACGGCAACAGCAGCAGCAGCAGCAGCAACAACAACAACAACAACAGGAGGAGGAGGAGCUGCUGGACUGGCUUAUAUCACUGGAUGCCGGAGGCCUUAACGACCUCUUCGAUGACGUCAGAGCGGACCUAGAGGACAUGUACUGGGCGUACGUCAAUAACGUCCCCGGAUCGGUGGGGUUCGGCCACGACGAACCGCUGGCACCGUCGUACGUGACUAUGACAUCUCCGAGCCAGACACCGCUUCCCACCGCGGCUUCAACCCGAGUGCAGACCCCAUCCCAGCAGCCACCGUCGAUUCCCGGACCAUCACAGACGCCUGAGGAGGCCUUACUGCGACCGAUGCCGCAGGAGCAGCCAGAUCGUCUGGAGCACAUCCUCAGCGGCUACGGACGGCAAUGGGCCGAAGACGAGUGCUUCGCCUUCGUGAACGCGUCGUGGACCCUGUGGAAUUACUUGAUCCGGCUUGGCGUCGUAAAGAGGAGCGCCGAGUCACACGCCAGUGGUGAACGAGGGCGCAUUGCGGCGCUCGUGGUGGCGCCACCGUCCACGCCACUCCCCAGCCACGUCGACAACGGCGGGCUUCUCUCGGAUGAGGAAGACCGACCCUUCACCGGCCGCGAAGAGUGAAGGUCGUUCCCCGUGGAAUCACACU